CACAUUCAUAUAAAACCGAAACGGCAAGAAUUCCUGUCUAUUCUUUUUUACUUAAGAGAGACCAGUAAGCUCCCCCCUCCCUCUAUAUAUUCAAGAGAACAGGUAAAGGAGAAUUGGGAGUUUUCAAUCUUCAAGAAAACAACCAUGCUCUCAAGCAAACCAGCUUUCCAUACACUCUCUUUCAUGUUAUGUACAAUCUUUGUAUCAGCACUUAGUGGAGCUUCUAUAAAUGAUCACAAUGAAUCUACUUCCAUUCAAGGUGUAGUUGAGGGGAGAUACAAUGGUGGAGUUUCAUGGGGAAACGGAAGGUCUCUAAGGCAGGGCAAUAGUGGCAGGAGUUCAUCCUUAAUACUCGCUGCAGAUAGAACGCACAGAAAAGACCCGUCUAAUAGUUUCAAGUACUAUACUGGUGGGUGGAAUAUCAGCAAUGAGCAUUACAUAUAUUCGGUCGCGUUUACUGGUGCUCCCCUUUUCUGCAUAGCAGCAGUUUGGUUUGUGGGAUUCGGCCUAACAUUACUAUUAAUAUGGCUUUGCUAUUGCUGCUGCAAAAGAAGGAGCAAUGCUUACUCUCCAAGUGCUUAUAUCCUUUCACUUCUCUUUCUCUCCAUAUUUACCAUUGCUGCAAUCAUUGGUUCUGUGGUUCUUUAUACCGGACUAGAGAACUUUCACAAUAGUACAAAGGGUACACUAGACUUUGUUGUUUCCCAAGCGGGUUCUACUGCUGGUAAAUUAAGAAAUGUGUCUGACGUUCUGGAUACGGCCAAAAUCACAGGAGUUGCUCAAAUAUUUCUACCUGAAGAUGUUAAAAAGAACAUCGAUAAGGUCGGCGAUACCAUCAAUUCUUCUGUUAACACUCUCGACACCGAAACAAGGAAGAAUAAGAAGGAUAUCCUACAUGUUAUUGACCUUGUGAGGCAGAUUCUCAUAAUUAUAGCAGCUCUUAUGCUUUUCUUGGCUGCUCUUGGUUUCUUUCUUUCUGUGUCUGGACCUGAAUCUCUUGUUUACAUCUUGGUGAUCAUAGGAUGGAUUCUCAUUGCAGCCACAUUGAUCUUGAGCAGUGUAUUUGUACUUCUACACAAUGUGGUAGAAGACACUUGUGUUGCUAUGGAUGAAUGGGCGAAAAAUCCCAAGGUUCAUACAGCGUUAGAUGAUAUUAUUCCCUGUGUGGACCCUAAAGCUGCUCAAGAAACACUGUCUCAGAGCAAAGAGGUGACAUUUGAGAUGGUUGUUGUUGUUAAUCGCAUCAUAAACAAUGUAGCGAAUGCAAACAUGCCUACUGAUGCGCCUACUUCGUACAAUCAAUCUGGUCCAUUGGUGCCUAAUCUUUGUAGUCCAUUCAAUUCGGACAACAAAGAUAAAAAAUGUGCCGAAGACGAAGUCGAGUUUGGAAAUGCACCUGAGGUUUGGAAGAAGUAUGUGUGUAAUGUUGGAGCGGACAAUGUGUGCACAACGGUGGGGCGUCUAACGCCGGAUUUGUACAACCAGAUGAAUGGUGCAGUUAAAGUGAGUGGUGGUCUCUACCAGUACGGCCCAUUCCUCACCGACUUGCUCGACUGCACAUUUCUUCGAAGUACCUUUAACACAAUCCAUGACCAUCAUUGCCCCGAUCUCGAACUAUUCAGCAAGUGGGUCUACAUUGGGUUGGUGCUCAUUUCGGCCUUUGUGUGUCUUUCUAUUAUAUUUUGGGUGCUCCACUCCAGAGAAAGGAGUCACCGUAAGUACACCAAACUUGCUGGCCCUUAAGAUCUCCUUUCCAUGGAAAUUGAAGUAUGGUAUAUAAUCAAGCUUGCAUAUGGACUAUUGAUGGAAGAAUCAAAUAGCUAGUUUGCUUAGGAAUUGAGCAUCAUGUUGUGGAAAUCUUCACAUAUGCACAGGCUUUUAUCCCACAGACAAAUGAGUCUAUGUUUAUUCCUGAUUGACUGUUUGGGAAAACAAAAUUUGAUGCUCGUGUAAAAGUUGUUGUACAAUUUUAAAAAGCAUUUUGUGAAGUCAUCCAACUUGGACUAAGUCAUGGACGCUCUUUUGGUAUGAAGAUUCAAACAACCCUGUUGAAGUUUGAA